AUGGAAGAGAAGGUUUCCUACUCUACAAUGUCGGCUGUACUGGAGACCGUAGUCGACGACGAGAAGGUUAGAGUGGCUUUGAUGCCUCCACAUAUUGCUCGAAGGCUUGUUAAAGAACCAGGAGCUUCUUCAGGGUCGGGAAUCCUGUCAAGAGUGACAGGUUCAAUACUUGUGGAUUUGCCUUUCAGGAACCUGCUUUACGAGUCUAAAAAGGUCCAGAGGCUAUACUUCGAACUUGAACCCAAAGACCCAGAUUUAUACCCAAAAUCCAAAUCAGUCACCAAUUCUUUACUACUAAUUGACCCAAUCCGACUAACGCACUUAUUGAAUAAUGACUUAAACCAGGCACAACGUGUAUUAUAUAUGAGAUGUUUUACUGAUCGAAUUUGGUUGAUAUUUUUGAGGCUGGUGAGUCUGGGAGUAGGUUCACGUCUGAGGUCUCUGUACUCUCUCAAGGACUCGCGAGUGCCAACAGACGAGUUCCUCAGUGAUUUAGAGGAACUACAGCUCAGCCUUGUUCAAAUGGUUUUGGAAGUCACGAGAUGGGAUUUGACCGAGAACACAGCCUCCGAGAUAGAAACCGCCGUUCUUAACGGGUGUAAAAAUGUAUGUUUUUUGGCAGAACAUAUGAGAAAUCAGUGGAACAACUCACUUGGAGAGUUUCCACUCCUAAAUGAACUUGUUCCAUAUCUCAACAAGUGUAUGCUUCACAUUAACAAGUUACUCCUGAGAACGGGGGUAAAUCCAGGCAACAAUCUUAAAAGAAAUGACAGUUCAGAUUUAGAUGUUUGUUUGACUGAUCUUGGUACAUGUUCACCUCUAAAGGAUUAUUUCAAAGGCGAAGACCAGUUAAAUGGAGAAGUUGAUUCCACCCUUCUUCAGCUCCAGAAUUUAUCUAAACUUAGCCUGAAUUUAAAGGACACAUCCUACGUGCAUAUUUUGGGCGACAUUCGCAAUUGUAUAGUAUCAGUUGCUACCAAAUCCGCAACCUUACUCAGCCUCAUGAAACUGAAAAUUCUCGAUUUCCGUCAAAGACUCUUUGAAUUACCCGGAAGUUAUUCAUUUAUUAAUAAUGAAGUAUUGAGGAAAGGCUUUUUGAGUUGUGGUUUGGACGAAAAUGACGCUGUUCCACUGGUUCUCCUCUCACACUGUCUUGGAGCCUAUUCAAUUAGGGAGUGGGUAAUUCGCUUUUUGUUGGAAGUCAAGUUUGACAAGGUUUCGAGCUUCCUUAGCCCAAACUCUCAGUCCUCAGUGAAUUCCUACGGCUUCAACGAGUCUGCUUACUUCAGAACUGCUGGCCAAACCAAGCCCAACCUAGGCGAUUUUUUCACUCUAAUGCCAUUGGAUCUUAGAUUAUACAUGAACCAACUCGCUUCUUAA